AUGGCAGACAAACUCCGCACGCAACAACAACUCGAAGCGCUGCAGGCGCGCUACGUCGGCACGGGCCACGCCGACACGACCAAGUACGACUGGGCGGCCAACGUGCACCGGGACAGCUGCGCCUCGUACGUGGGCCACCCGCCCCUGCUCGCCUACCUGGCGCUCGGGAUGGGGGAGUGCCGGGAGCGGGCGCGCGGGUUGCUGCUGGAGCGGAUGGUUAGGCCGGUGGGGAAUCCGCCUGAGGUUGUGGAAUAA